UGCAACGCCUGGGCAGUGUGUAUGGAGGUCCUGGGCUGUCCAGAGGACAAGACCCCCUUCUCAGCCUCGCUGGAACUCAUGUGGGACUCAGGAGAUGGCUCUCAGUGGCUAUUGGCCAUGAUGUCUAGGUUCUCCCUCCACAGUCGGAGGCCGCAAUGUUUCUGAACAUUGGAAUCUCAAGUGGGGAGCGAGGGCGCUGCGCUCAGAUCCUGCUCGCGCGCUCCCCAUUGGGGAUCCCGGUUGCUCACUGCACUAGAUGGGUCCCCUUUGGCCUGACCUCUCCUGAUCUUGAUUCACGUCGUCAUCACCGCCGCUUCGGAUUCGGGGUGCCGCUUUCAGCAAAGGGGAAGCCUCCGCCGGGUGGGGCGCGAGCCAGCCACCCCCCGCGCUCCUCCCCACCGCUUGCCGGCAACGCUUCCACGUGACGGCGAGGCUGGAUCCAGGGAGCCGCCCACCGGGAGCCGAGCGAAAGAAAACACUCGGCGGCGGGCGGCGAGAGAGGCAGUGAGCGCACCUGCUCGCUGCGCACGGAGGCGCCCCGCUCGCCAAACCUCUCCAAGGGCGCGCCUGACCUCUCCAAAGCGCGCAGGCAAGAAGACGGAGAGGUCGCCUCUCUCUCGCCACGUGCGCCGCUGCCCCUCGUCCCAUGGCCCUUCCCGGCCCGAGGUGAGCCAGCCAGAGAGGGCCCUCCAUGCCGGCGCGCCAGAAGCAGGAGGCGAAGAAGAAGAAGAAGAAAGGCGCCGGCGCCGGCCGCGUGGAUGCGCCGGCGCUGCUGCUGCGGGAGCGCACGGCAGCCGGAGCAGCCACGGGCUCCCUGGGCCAGCCGCCUCCCGCCGCCGCCCUGCCGAGGAUGUUCAGCUGCGUGGGCUGCUUCUGGGUCCUCUUGUCCUCCUGCCUCGUGGCCGUCUGCAGCUUCAGCUUCCUCUCGCCGGCUUGGAUCGUGAAGGAGCGCGGCGGCGGGCGGCGUUUGGUGGUGGCCACGGCCGCCGCCCUGGAAGGCAGCGAAGGCGGCGCCGGCGGCGGAGAGGUCAGCUUCGGGCUGCUGUGGCACUGCUCCGAGUCCCUGCGCCACAUGUACGACUGCUACACCUUCGGCGGGCUGGGGAGGUUCAGCGAGAUCCCCUCCGGCUCCUGGCAGACGAGCGCUGUGCUCUGUUCGGGGGGCUGUGCACUUCUAGCCUUCAGCUCCCUUCUGGCUGUCAUUGUGAUCUUCCUUCCCAGCGGGCUGUGCGAGAGGAGGGUCUGCACCCUGGCUGGCUAUAUUCAGACAGCAGCAGUGUUCAUCAUGGGAUUUGGGCUCCUUGUCUACCCCUUCGGCCUCGGUUCCUCUGCCGUGCAGAGGUACUGCGAAAAUUCAAGCAUCUACUACGCUGGCGACUGCCAGAUCGGAUGGGGCUACAUGCUGGCAAUCGUGGGCGUCAUGCUCUCUGUCUUUCUGCCCUUCUUUGCAAAAUACGCCCCGAAAGAGCACGCCUCCCCCACUCCGAUACCCACAAUUUUAUAGUACUUUUCCGGUAUCGAACAUCCAGAUGUUCCCGCCUGAAAUCAGCGGACAGAAGAAAUAUUAGGGCGCUUCCGUUGAGCCUCAUUGCUAAGAAAUGAAUGGGCAGGGGGGAGCAGUAGAAAUGACAGCAAGAAGCACUUGAAUGACUACAAAAGACCCCAAGUGCACUGAUGAGUCUUCCAUACACAUGAGAAAUGGACGUUCUGGAUCUGCAUAAUGGGUGCUCAGCAGUGGUUGGGUCGCCUUGGACAUUUAUAAUGGCUAAACGCCUCAAAAAAACCUGUUUUUUAUCCUCAAAAAUAUCUGUCUACCUCCCAGUUUCUUUGUGUGCGUGUGUGUCUCAAAAACCUUUUUUAAAGCCUCAAUCCACUUUUUAUAUCUUGUUUCUUAAAUAUCUGGACUUUUUUGAACCUGCUUUUUGGUUUUUUCCAGCCUGAUCUGUGCUAUUUUGUAAAGUAAUAUAAUAAAUGGCAAUUGGGGGGGGACAUUCCUUGGAAAUGAGUUGAGUUGUGGCAAAAAUUGUGUGCCGUUGAGAAAAAACGUGUCUCUCCCUCGCCCUCUGUGGCCGAAUCAGUGCAUGCCAGUCCUGAAAAUGUACAGAGACACCUUUUUCUAAGAUCAAAAGUGUAACUCUCUGAAUUGGCUGUUAAAACUUUUUUUUUUUUUUUUUGCUAGGUUAAAGAGGUGUUUUCUGUGCCUAGAAACAUGUGGCUCAUAUUUCAGGAAGAGCAGGGCAAGAUUCUCAGCCUGGCUUAGAGGGCUCCCCCUUGCGUAUCUUCACGAUGAAAUUAUUUUUAACAGCCUUUGCUGUGGCGGCUCCUGAAUAUCUCAUCAUUAACUGUGACAACCGCUAACUUGGAUUGGUUUAAAAGGGGGUUAGUCAAUUCCACAGAGAAUGGUAGAUCUAUCAGUGGUUUCAAGUCAAGAUAGUUAAAUAUGAUCCUCCACUGGCAGGAGCAGUUUACCUCAGAAUACAGUUGCUGGGGAGAAAGCCUGGGAGGGGGCUGUCGCCAUACCCCCCCCCCCGGCUUGUGGGCUUUCCAGAGGCAUGUGGGCUUUCCCCUGAGGCAAUAGGAGGCUGGACUAGGUAAUCCUUUGAUCAGAUGCCGCAGAGCUCCUAUUACAUUGCUAGCUAUAGCAAAUAUCAAGAAUGCAGUUCAAAAAUCCUCUCAUUCUCUCUCUUUUUUUAAAGUAAAUGGCAUUGUGCCUAUAGUAUCUGUACCUGAUGCAUAGCCCCGUAUAAUUGCUUAAUUGGUUUUGUGUCUUUGCCAGGGAUUUGGCCAUAAAUAUUAGUGUUUCUGAGAAUUAGCUGUGUGUGGUCACUCAGUCUUUCUCUUCCUGCUAAACUUCCACUGGAACAACGUACACAUGAAAGGCCGAGGCUGUCCCUUUAAACCAGUGGUUCCCAAAUUGGGUGAUACUGCCCCGUGGGGGGGGGGUCAAUGGAAUUACUUAGGGGGUUGCUAAGAUGCAUGGGGGGGUCUGGAUAUAUAAUUUUUUGCUGGAUGUAUAACAGUUUUGUUGAAUCUAGUUUAAUUAGUUCAACAAAACCGGUGAUCCAGUGAUUCCAGCCUUUCACAUCUGAUAGUCAUUGUUUUAAUUGGAUUUGGAAAAAAUGUGCAAUUAGUUGUUA